UCACUGAAGCAGAACUGCUAAGGCUGCAAACAUCAUGCGUGUGUAGCUGCGUUUCCCACCCACCAGAGGAGGUGUCAAUGUUUAACCAGAGAGCUCCAACUUAGGGCAGCUCCUCCAGUCCGCUGUGUCUGUGCUCACCUGCACUCACCUCUCUACUGGCCAAAUUAAAAAUAAAGAACAGAAAACAGCUGGCCUGUCUGUUAGCAUUCUGGUCUUGAGCGUCAGUUGCUCCUUCAUUCAAGAGGACACAUCACUUAGCCAGUCCACAGCUGGUCUGUGUGUCUCGUGUGCUGCAUGAAGAUGCCUGGAGAGUCCAGCUAAGAAGAGUGAAGUUUGUGGAUGAGCUUCCAUAGGCGGACACUGGAAGGUGAUCUGCAGCAGCUGCACCCAGGCCUGCAGAAGCAAAUCUGAGCCCUCACAUCAAGAAAAGAAGAAUUCAGUGCAAACCUGAAGUUGGCGACAGAACAUUUCAUCCAAAGGUUGCUGCAGGAGGAGUGAAUCCUUGAGGUGUACAAGUUCAUGCUGUACUGCUGCUGAACUCCAAGAGCCCAGCUAGAAAUGAGCUACACCAGCACCCAGUACGUUACUCUCCAACUUUCAGAUGGGUCUCGGAAGUUGAGCUUUAGCAAAGCUGUGGGCCAGAAGUCGGUUGGGCAGAACAGGCGACAGAAGAGGAGUCGUUACGUCCAGGAGGACGGUAGCUGUAAUGUUCUUUUUCAUCAUCUGCCUGGGGAAUGGGGCAGCUACAUAUCCGAUAUCUUCACCACUUUAGUAGAGAUCAGAUGGCGCAUCAUGCUUCUUAUCUACUCCCUUUCAUAUGUCUUGUCCUGGCUUUUUUUUGGGGUCCUCUUCUGGCUGAUCGCUAUAAUCCAUGGAGACAUGGAUGACCCCAAUAAUGAUCCCUGCAUGGCCAAUGUGCGCAGUUUUGCGGGGGCUUUCCUCUUCUCCCUGGAAUCCCAAGCCACCAUUGGCUAUGGAUACCGCUGUGUGACCGAGGAGUGCGCCCUGGCCAUCAUCCUCUUGACCGCCCAGUCCGUCCUGAGCUGCAUCAUUGACACCUUCAUCAUCGGAGGUGCCGUGGCCAAGAUGGCUUCUGGCAGGAGGAGGGCUCAGACAAUUGGCUUUAGUGACUGCGCUGUCAUCUGCCUCCGGGAUGGCAAGCUGUGCCUAGUCUGGCGCAUUGGUGAUUUCCGUCAGAAUCACAUGGUAGAAGGUACUGCAAGAGCACAGCUCCUCCGUUUUCAAGACCACCCACGUGGCAAGGUGUCCAUGACCUACCAUGACCUGAAACUGUCAGACAAUGAGGUCAUCCUGGUCACGCCAGUCCUGAUAGUCCACGAGAUAGGACCUGGCAGCCCCUUCUAUGGCAUGAGCAGGCGAGAUCUCCUGCAAGAAGACUUUGAGCUAGUGGUCACUUUUACCUACACUGGUGAUUCCACAGGGAUUCUGCACCAGACUCGCACAGCUUUUGCUCCUGAAGAUAUCCUCUGGGGCCACCAGUUCCUGAAUAUGCUGAAGGUUAAAGAAAGAUACUACAAGGUAGACUAUGCAGAGUUCAACAAUACCAAGGAGGUCUAUGCGCCAGACUACAGUGCUGAGGAGCAUAACCAAAAAGAGCAGGCCUGGUUUAUCCAGCCUUGUAUUAUCAGCCACGACACGGAAACCAAAACAAGCUAUCCCGAGCUCAAACCAUCCAUAACCAGCAAAAACCAUGAAAACCAACUCCACAAAUCCAAUGAAGUCCUUCUAGACCUUCAGGAGCCUGAAAUUACAAAAAGCUAUCCAGAGCAAUGUGGGGAAACCAAACUGUGCGUCUCAGACCUUCCGGGGCCUGAAUCCUCAACAGGCCUUUCCAGUUGCAAUGGACCAGAGUCAGAAAGCAGCACAUCAGACCAACCUGGUCCCAAAAACAGAAGGAACCUUCUAGACCUCGAGGAGCCCAUUCUCGUUACACCCCACUCAGGACCUGAGAUCCCAGGAACUGGCAUAAAUCAUGGAGUCGGCCCCAAUGUCAUACCUUCAGACAACGUGACACCCAAGGGCGGCACCAAUCAUCCAGAUAUUCAAGACCUACACCCUGGCGUGAAGUGUUCGGCCCUUCGACAGUCCGAGAGCGGCACAAAGCAUUCACCUGAUAUCAAUAAUCUUUUCGUCCAUCAACCGUGGGACAAGCCACCAGAGGCCAUCAGCAGAGAGGGAAUGAUGAAGGAGAACCCAACAGAGGAGGAACCGCUGUACGCGAAAGCUUCUCUUCCGACGGGUAACAUCUCAAGAGAGACUCAGCUGUGACUCGGGAGCUGAUCGGUCUUUGAAAUCAGAAAGUGAGGACAGGAAAGGAGGGACAGAUCUCCAGUUCUUCAUAAACGUUCUUCAGAGGAACUGGUGCAUCCUCUCAGUCUUUACCUUCAUCCAUGUGUCAAUUUUGAUUUUCACUGUAGCACCGUCCAAUGAUUUUUUUAUGGGUACAAAUAAAAUUUCAUAAGAAGCCUAA